UAUAUUAUUGAACUUUCUACGGCGCGGCAUCCCUGUCCCCCCUCUCCUGUUCCGAUCAGGGCUCCGUUACACGUGGAGGGUUUUGAUCAUUAUGCUUGGCCUUUUCUUUUUUACCAAACCAUUAAACGGCGCCGUGAUUAUAUAUUUUCCAACAGAUUACAAGAAGAGAAAAAUAAAACCCAGAAGGCCAGCUGCAGGAUCGAUCGGAACCCUCUACAUUGUGGCCUGUGGGAACACUGAUUGGAACAGGGAAUGAGAACCGCGCUGGUUGCCCUGGUGUGUUGUUUGCUGUUGUUUUGGCCCGCUUAAAGUCGUUGGAAGGCGGCUUGAAGAACACUCCGAAUUUAAAGCAAGCGAUGGACAGAUACAUUAACACAAGGAGACCCUGAGGCAACCAGCUGCUCUCGGCAAGAGCAAAGCAGUGUAUAUGAAGAUGAGCAACGUCGUUCUGUACCCCUGCACCGCCGUCGGCCGUCUUACCCCCAUGAAUCCAUGAUGGAGCUCGCCAAAGUCUACCUCGAGCUCGGCUACACCGUCUCGUGUGCUAGAAGCCGCCUUCCAACGACUUUAAAGAGGCCAACAACACCACGCCAGGGCAACCACCUGCUCUCCUCAAGAGCAAAGGAGCGUCUGUGAAGAUGAACAACGUCGUUCUGUACCCUGCCACCGCCGUCGGCCACCUUACCCCCAUGAUGGAGCUCGCCAGAGUCUUCCUCGAGCUCGGCUACACCGUCUCGGUGGCGCUCAUCGACGACCCGUUGAGCACGCCCGUCAUGAACUCUGCCGUCGAACGCGCCGUCGCCUCGCACCCUUCGGUCUCCUUCCAUUGGCUCCGCGCGGCGGCCACCUCGCUGUGUUUCGCCCUGGCCCCGGCGGCCGACGAGCACUUCUUGGUCAGGUACCUCAACCUCGUGCGACACAACAACGAGCACUUCCGCGACUUGCUUUGCUCCGCGCUUGUUCCCCAGCCCGUGCACGUCGUCGUCAUCGACACGUUCCUCUUCCACGCCCUCGACGUGCGCAAGGAGCUCGGUGUGCCGGCCUACGGCUUCUUCCCUUCCGGUGCCGGCGCUCUCGCCAUCUAUCUCCAGCUCCCUUCGCUCCAGGCCAAAUGCAAAGCGAGCUUCGGGGAGCUUGGGGACACGCCUCUUGAUCUGCUGGGCGUUCCGCCGUUGCCGGCUUCUCAUGUGCCAGUAGACAUGCUCCUACACCCGGCCGAGAGCAAGAUAUGCGAGGCUAUGAUGGACAUGUGCAAGAAGAUCCCGGAGUUCGACGCCAUCAUGGUGAACACGUUUGAGUCUUUGGAGAGCAGGGCGGCCGGAGCACUCGGAGACAGCGCAGGCCUGCUUCCUGGCCGCGCCUUGCCUCCGGUGUGCUGCGUCGGGCCGUUGGUCAAGCACGGCGGCGUAGGCGGAGGCGAGGGAGCCGCAAAGAGGCACCACCACUGCCUCACGUGGCUCGACGAGCAACCCGACCGCAGCGUCGUGUUCCUCUGCUUCGGAAGCGAGGGCACGCACCAGCAGGAGCAGCUCAGGGAGAUCGCCGUCGGCUUGGAGAAGUCCGGCCACCGGUUCUUGUGGGUGGUGCAAGCCCCGGGCAGCACCGACCCGACCAAGUUCCUGGAUCGCCGCGCCGAUCCGGACCUUGCGGCGCUCCUUCCCGAGGGCUUCUUGGAGCGAACCAGCGGCCGGGGCGUCGUCGUCAAGCUGUGGGCACCGCAGGAGGACGUGCUCCGGCACAGGGCGACCGGGGCGUUCGUGACGCACUGCGGAUGGAACUCGGCGCUGGAGGGGGUCACGGCGGGCGUGCCAAUGAUUUGCUGGCCGCUCUACGCGGAGCAGAGCAUGAACAAGGUUCUCAUGGUGGAGGAGAUGGGCGUCGCCGUGGAGAUGAUCGGGUGGCAGCAGGGCCUCGUCGCCGCCGAGGAGGUGGAGGCCAAGGUGAGGCUGGUGAUGGAGUCCACGGCAGGCGGCGAGCUGAGGGCGCGGGUCAGGGAGCGCAUGAGAGCCGCAGCGAUGGCUUGGGCCGUCGACGGCGGCUCGUCGCGUGCGGCGUUCGCCCGGUUACUGUCGUACGUACGCGGACAGCCGACGGCGUCGCUCGGAAAUCGUGGAUCAUAGCCGCGACAUGACUAGCACGUGAGGAAGGUAUGGGCCUUGUUCGGCAAUGGGCCGAACUGGAGAUGGCGCAGGCCCAUUUACGCCUUUCUCCUCGGCUUUUUAAUAAAAUAAACUUAUUAGAUAUUUUGGUUUGGAGAAGUAUCUUAAAUAUAUUUUCUCUCUCUACACGUAUAAAAAUAUAAUAAUGUAAGGGGGUUAUAGAGAAGAGCCUCGAGAAUUAGAUGAACAACCAGAAGGAUUGAUGUCCAUUGUCACGAAGAAGAAAAGGCUUCAGCCUUUACUCGUGUAUUGUGGUUACGCUUGUAUAUAGCAGUCGUAACGCUUUCUUUAAAGAACUCACAGACUUUAUUCCAUAUCAGAAACAUGUUACAUGGUUUGUCAUACAAUUCAUAUAACUGAAAU